UAAAAGUCAAAAUUCAAUGGUUGUUUUUAAAGAUUUAGAGAAUACUGUAAUUCAAGUUAGCAUUAAAAAAAUUAAUGCAAUUAUUACUGAUGAAGCAGCUAAUUAUAUUUGUAAUUUAGAAGAGAAUUAUGAAGAUAAGUCUCAAAAUUUGGAAGAAUCUAAAAACUCUAAAAAUCCUGAAGAAGAAAUAAUGAAAAUAAUUGAAAAUAUCGAUAUAUUAGAUUCUAACGAUCAAAAUGCAUAUUGUAAAGUUGCAAGUGAAUAUAGUCAAGUUGUAAGCUAUGAUGAGAAUAUAUUAGAAAAUUGGUUGCUUUUUGAUAAAUUAGAUAAUAUUUAA